CGCUCGCCGCUCGCACACUCUUCCGAAAUAUAACGAAUAGUUUUUGAAAACUUUCGUUAAUUUCCAGACGGAGUCCCCACACAAGGCCUACCCCGUCCGUGAAAGCUGGUUACUUUUCUCCCUGCAUGAUUAGACAAAGCAAUUUCGAAGCUUCUAAACAGGACUACAGGGGCCUUCGUUGACCGUUAGCAAACCUGCGUUCGUUUUCACCGGAAUUCCACCAUAAGACCCGCCAUGGCUGCUGCGGCGUUGCUCCUGGUGGCCGCGCUCGUCGCCCUUGGUUCCGGCCAUGGCGGCGAGGCCUUCGACCCCAACCCUCUCCAGGACUUCUGCGUCGCCGACUCCACGUCCAAAGUGCGCGUGAAUGGGUUAUCAUGCAAGGACCCGGCGGCCGUGGUGUCCGACGACUUCUUCUUCGCCGGUGCCGACAAGCUGCGCGACACGACGAGCGAGCGCUACGGGUACUCAGCGCUGACCGUGCAGAUCCCAGGCCUUAACACGCAGGGCCAGCGGUACGCCCGCGUCGACCUUGCACCGGGGGCCAUCUUCCCGCCGCACUACCACCCCAGGGCGGCCGAGACGGCCCUGGUGCUGGAAGGCUCCGUCUACUUCGGGUUCGUCUCCUCCUACCCGGACAACAAGCUCUUCGCCAAGGUGCUCAGCAAGGGCGACGUGUUCGCCGUGCCGCAGGGGCUCAUGCACUUCCUCUACAACAACGGCACCGCCCCUGCUGCGCUCUACGCCAGCCUCAGCAGCCAGAACCCCGGGCUGGUGCUCCUUGCCGACGCGCUCUUCGCCGGGGCUCUCCCCGAUGAUCUCCUGGCUAAGACGCUCCUCACGGAUAAGCACACCGUGGACAGCAUCCGGGCAAACUUUCGGCCGUCUUGAAUGCUUGUUCCAAUCUCUAGUAAUUUAUCGCAUUUUCUCAGGCAUGGUAAUCUCUAUGUGUUCAUUUGUUAUAAACAUUAGCAAUGGUAUUCGAAAUAAAAAUAUUGCGAGUGAUAUUCCAUCACGCA